AUUGAGGAUUUAUAGUGUAGUUUUAUCCUCUACUUUCUUUUCUUUUCCUGCGGGAACAAAAACAAUGUUAUCAAGCGUCGCUCAGAAGCUAAUCGGUCGCCGUUUCUCACCUUAUCCAUCAUCUAGUUUAUGCAUACUCUCGAGAUAUUUCUCCAGCGACUCAGGAUCCGAUAACUCAGUGCUUCCUGAGACAACCAAGUUGACUCGGACGCCAGUUCUGGUGGAGGGAUGUGACUAUGAACACUGGUUCGUAGUUAUGGAGGCUCCCAAGGGAUACCCACUUCGAGAUGAGAUCGUUAGCACCUACAUUAAAACCCUAGCAAUGGCUUUGGGAAGUGAGGAGGAUGCCAAGAAGUCUAUAUACUCAGUUUCCACCAAGUAUUAUUAUGCAUUUGGUUGCGAAGUACCAGAAGAUUUGGUUUUUAAGAUUAAAACUCUGCCUAAUGUGAAAUGGGUUUUACCAGAUUCUUAUUCGGGGGACCCUGGUGAUAAUAGCUAUGGAGGAGAACCGUUCAUUGAUGGGAAGGUUGUUCCGUAUGAUGACAAGUAUCACUCUGACUGGAUCCAGGCUCGAAAUGAUGAUAGAAGUAAAGGAACAACUCAUCCAAAAAAAGCAAGUCUAAAACAAAAGAAACAGUAGUAUUAUUGCGAGCAUGCUACUGAUCUUCAGCUUUGUCUUAAAUGAAUUUUCCGAACUUGCCCAAUAUUUCCCAUGUUUUAGGAGGAAUGAAAGAAACGAAGCAAAUGCACCAAAAUCAGAUGUUGGUUUGGACUAUCCUGUCAAUCGAGCCUCAGAUAUUUGUUUUACUCUUUCGCUGUAUGGUUUAGUGCUUUGGGGUGGAAUUCAUGGUCGAAAUGAAUGUUUACACUGCUGUUCAAAGCUUGGUAACGUUGGCUCAUAAUGCGAGUUUGAUAAACUACAACUAAAAGGACCAGAUGGUUCAAUAACCAGCCGUUGGCCUAAUACUGGUGUGUGCUGAGAGUAAGAGAAGAGAUGACCAGGCUGGCAUUGGUUUAUGCUACAAAUAUUCAAGAAUCCGGUAAGGUUGCUUGGCGUAUUUAUAUAUUUCGAAAUCGGAAAGGUGUUCAGUUGCUUUUGAUCUAAAGAGAAACCCUUAAGGUAAGGGUGCUUUGUGUUCUCUUUGUACGAUUGUAAGCAGAGAGAACUCAACUUUUCUGGCUACUAUGAAUUAUUUGAUGGAUGAUCCAAAAAAAAUUUGUUAUUAA